AUGUUGAGAAAUUGUACCUUGGACGACUCGCCAGCCUUGGGCAAGCUUAGAGAGCAGGUCUGCGAGUUAACGCCGGAGCCCAGGUCACGCGAGAUCUUGGUGGUAGAUCUGGUUCUCUCCUCGCCAGCGGCUAUCGCAGUUGUGCUGCGUCUGAUCUGCCGAUGCCUCAUCAGCAAGACGCUUUACUCGGACGACCGUGCCCUUCUAGCGGCGAUGGUAUUUCUUAUUCCGAAGGUUGGAAUGAGCAUCUGGAUGACUACCCAUGGUCUCGGGAAGAACACUCGGAAUGUGGAAGCGUCAAUGGAGACCAAGAUAUUCCAGCUGUUCUGGGUUGGCGAAUCAUUUCACGUGAUUACCCUCGUGGUCACCAAGGUUUCGCUUCUCCUGUUGUACCUUCGAAUCUUUGCAGAUGAAAUAUUCCUCAUCUGGGCGAAAGCUGGUCUUGGUUUUGUCACCGUCCCAGGAUGCCCCAACAUCAACGCGUUGACUUUCUCACACGCGGCAAUCAGCAUUGGUAAAGACUUUUUUAUUUUAGCAUUGCCUAUCCCUGAGCUCCUUCCGUUGAAGCUCAGUCUGCAGCAGAAAAUAGGAUUGAUUGUCAUGUUCCAAGUGGGGGAUAUUCGCAUGCGUCACAUCGGGAUCAUUUGA